CCCAGGAAUGUCUGCCAGGCAUGUUCAGGUGCAACGACGGCACUUGCAUUCACUCACGUCUCGUUUGUGAUGGCGAUGGCCACUGCCCUGACAAGGAAGAUGAGCAAACAUGCUGUGGGUGUCCUGAGUAUCAUGUCGGCUGCAACGAUCGGUGCUAUCCCGACUACGAGCGCUGUUUCUCGUGCGGAGAAACUGGCUGCGACGAUGUGACUCCCCCUUGCAAAGAGGGCUAUUUCCAGUGCUUAGAUGGCCGGUGUAUAAAUAACCAUUUCCUUUGCGAUGGACACCAAGAUUGCAGUUGGUAUGGAGAAGACGAAAAGAACUGCACCACGUGUAGGGAAGGGUUCCUCUGCCACACGGGCGAGUGUCUGCCUCACUACCUUCGCUGCGACGUGAGCAAAAACUGUCCGGGCGGGGAGGACGAGAGUCAGUGCGACAGGUGUGCAGGAGGUGUCCUCUGCCCGUCGAGCGACUGUAUUGAAAUGAAAUAUCGGUGCAAAGUGAUCGAGACAUGUGGUGACAUGACUUGGUGCGUGACCUGCGGCGAGGGAUACGAGUGCAGGACAGGGGAGUGCAUUCCUUCGUACCAGCGCUGUGACGCCGUGAAGGAUUGUCCUGAAGGCGACGACGAAGGAGGAUGUGACUCUUGCAAGGACGGGUUCCUCUGCAACACUGGAGAAUGUGUGCCCUUCUACCUGACGUGCAAUGCAGAGGCGGAUUGUCCCGAGGGAGAGGACGAACUGGCGUGUGAGACAUGCCAAGGCUACCUGUGCAAGACGGGCGAGUGUCUACCCUCCGACGUCCGGUGCAACGGGACGAAGCGGUGCCCGGGCGGAGAGGACGAGGAAGAAUGCGAUUGCAAGGACGGCUUCCUUUGCAACUCGGGGGCGUGUCUCGAGGUCUCUUCCUUCUGCAACGGAGAGUCGGAGUGCCCGGGCGGCGAGGACGAGGCCGCCUGCGACACGUGCACCGAGGGCUUCCUUUGCAGUUCGGGGAAAUGCCUUCACUCCCGACAGCGGUGCGACACGAGUAAGGAUUGCCCGGAUGAUGGAGACGACGAAACGACGUGCGAGGGGGGGUUCCUCUGCUCAACAGGUGAAUGCUUCCCCAAGCACUACAGGUGUGAUCUGAUGGACGACUGCCCUGGAGGAGAGGACGAGGAAGGCUGUGAUGAAUGCCAGGGACGUUUCUUCUGCAUGACAGGAUCAUGCAUUGACCAGUCAGCUGUUUGCAACAACAUUACGGACUGCCCGGGAGGAGAAGACGAAUCGAAUUGCGAUCGUUGCAAAGGCUUCCAGUGUGGCACAGGAGGAUGCAUUCCUUCUUAUUUCCGCUGCGACACCUUUGAAGGAUGUCCAAAUGGGGAGGAUGAGAAGGAUUGUGAAUAUUGCACGAAUGGGUUUCUCUGCAAUGAUAAGCAAUGCAAAGCCAUUAGCGAGCGUUGCAACGGAUACGAGGACUGCCCUGAAGGAGAAGACGAGAUAGACUGUGAGACAUGCAAGGAAGGUUUUCUCUGCAAAAGUGGCCAUUGUUUAACUUAUAUAGGCCGAUGUGACGGAAAAUUGCACUGCCCCGACGGAGACGAUGAGGAAGAUUGCUACACCUGCGAGAACCGGUUCAGGUGCAAGACGGGGGAGUGCAUUGUCUUCGCCCGAUGGUGCAACAACGUGACGGACUGUCCAGGCGGGGAAGACGAGGAAGAUUGUGACCGGUGUCCAGAGGGGGCUUUCUCGUGCAAUACAGGAGAAUGCAUACCCGCAGGUUGGCGCUGCAAUUUUAUCAAAGAGUGCCCAGGCGGGGAAGACGAGGCUGGGUGUUUUGAAAAUUUCUAUGCUAGCUGCCCGAAAGGAUACUUCCAGUGUAAGGAUGGUCUCUGUGUCAUGGGCUGGUAUCACUGCGAUGGUGUUGACGACUGCCUGUACGAGGAAAAUCAGUGUGAUGAGUGCCGACCUGGUGCCUUUAAGUGCUCGACCUCCUUGUGCAUUGAAGGGCAUCGGGUUUGUGACGGAGUGGCCAACUGCCCGGAGGGAGAAGAUGAACUGAACUGCACUAAUAAUGAUAUAAAUGCCAGGACCUGCCCUCCAGGAUAUAUGAAGUGUGAAGGUUACUGCUACAGUGGCAGAGCCGUAUGUAUGUAUCCCGUCGAGUGUGAUGUGGACACAGAUAUAUUGUGCGAUAGUCUUGUUAUAGCAGACGAAGCACACCAAGUACGCCUCAGAUGCAGCGAAUACUACCGUGAACUGGUGACCUUGCUUGGUUACUCGACUGACGUUAAUGUGACCUUUGACGACGAAUACUGUCUCGCUUUGGACCAACAUGAAUUUUGGAGUCCUCUGUGCCAGGCGGGUGUUGUGUGUGAUCGCUUUGGUUGCUACGACAUGGAACUGAAUCGUUACUCCGAGUCGUACGCCUCACGUGGACCAAAGAAAAUGUCCUUGUUGUGCAAAGGAACGACCCUGUAUUAUGAUGAUGUUUCCCUGUACAGCGAGAGACUAGAAGGUGUCCUCACAACCAAGUCGCUGAAACUACUACUGAAACAACAGGAGAAAAAAUCGGACCUGAUCGAUCUACAGGAGAUGUUUCGGCCCUCGUACGACCACCAGCAGGAGUUCGCCGUCUCUCCUGAAGAACUGGUGUAUUCGUGCACGUUUGACAACCAGCCGUGUGAUCACAGCCAUUUCCACAACUGGACGAGUGACCGUUACGGCACGUGCUACACUUUCAACGGUUUUAUGCACACUGGCAACAGCAAGCCUCGAACAGUCGUACACGUCGGUCCAAAGAACGGCUUGCAACUUACUCUGAACGUGCCUGUGGGUUUGCCUCUGCUCUCCCCCGAAAGAGGCAUGCGAGUUGUGAUACACAGUCCCUUUAUCUUGCCUGUCCCUGAAGAAGAAGGGUUCAACGUUGGCCCUGGCAGUUCCUCUGUCAGCGUCACAAGGACGGAAAAUCAGCGCUUGGGGAAACCUCAUGGAGAGUGCAACAAAUAUUAUGAUACAGACCUACCCUUUGAAUAUUCGCCUUUGUUGUGUGAUCAGCUGUGCGUAGAGCAAGAACUGAGACAGCGUUGUGGGUGUUCCAUAGGCCUCAGUCCGGUAUAUGAAGCACUGGCCUACAAACCCGAAGAGAGAUGUGAAGGAAAGCUGCCCUCGCAAAAGUUAUGUAUGGAUCGUGUUAAAAGAGAUGUUAUUGAGCAGAAAAUCCAGUGCGAUUGUCCUCAGUCUUGUCGAGAGAUGAAGUACCAAUCGCAAGUGACUUCCAGCAAAAUAGACGACACGUACUUCAGCUACUCUUGGGCCAGACGAGGAAAGAAAGUCCCAGCUUGUGUUCGAAGUCAGUGCCGAGUGGUUUUGUUAUCUGGUGACACAGAACUACUGAGUGCUAGUAAUUAUCUGGGCUCCAUGUACUUCUUUUACGGGUAA